AUGACUCGCACAAAUCCAUAUGGUGUCGCUAUUGGUGACAUCAAUGGAGACAACCAUCCAGAUAUAGCUGUUAGUCAUAUCGGCGAUACUAGUGUUGGCAUUUCACUAGGUGUUGGAGAUGGCAGUUUCUUUUCGCAAAGUUCAUUUGCCACUGGCUUCGCCCCAACUAUGGUUUCGGUUCGAGAUUUUAAUGGUGAUCAAUACCUUGACUUGUUGGUUGUUAACAAUGCUGGCAAUACUGUUAGCAUUCUGCUCGGUUAUGGUAACGGUACUUUCGCUCCACAAAAAACUUUUAAUACAUACUUCUAUCCUACCGUAGCCGUUGUAGCGGACUUCAAUCAUGAUAAUCGUUUAGAUUUCGCUGUCACCAACUAUGGUAGCAACAGUGUAAGUGUUCAUCUAGGCUAUGGGAAUGGCACUUUCCGAACGCGAACGUCGUAUAGCACCAUGAUCAAUCCAUGGGGAUUAGCGGUGGGUGAUUUGAAUGGUGAUCAACACAUGGAUCUACUCUCAGCCAAUUGUGCAAAUAGUACGAUGAGUGUACUACUUGGGAAUGGCAAUGGCACCUUUCGAGCAGCUGUUAACUAUAUGAUUGGAAGCUGUGCUUAUGCACUCGCGAUGGGUGACUUGAAUGGUGAUACUUACUUGGAUGUCGUCGCUGUCGCAACCUUUUCUAAUUAUUUUAGUAUAUUUCUUGGUGAUGGAACAGGCUCAUUCUUCCAAUGGUGGUCUUUUGUUACAGAUUACAAUCCGACAUCAUUGGUUCUUUAUGAUUUGAAUAAUGAUGGUCGACUUGAUGUCGUAAUUGGUCAUUACACAGGCACUGUAUCAGUAUUCCUAAAUACAUGCUAA